AUGUUUUUUAUUGUUAAUUCAAAGAAAAAGUCCUCUCAACUCCAUAUCACGGCAAUGCAACCAGUCCAGAUGAUAUGGCUUGUAAGUUUGUUGCUUUCGAUCGCCUUUUGUCAAUUCAUCUCCUAUGAUGAGUUUCAUAGAGACCAUUUGCCCCAACUGUUGUCUUUGACUAAUGACAGUGACGAAAACGUUAUACUUCGUUUUAACAAGACAAGAAUCCCUGGGAGUAAAGAAUCCAAAGACGUACAGGAAUUUAUAAUUAACUAUUUCGAGAAAUUGGAUCACGAAUGGCUAGUUGAUCAGGACUCUUUCGAAGAGAACGGUUUUUCAUUCACCAAUCUUGUAUUUAGCUCUACCAUUGCCGAGAAGUACAUUGUCUUCGCUGUUCAUUAUGAUUCCAAGAUCGAGCCUGAAGGAUUCAUAGGUGCUAUGGAUAGUGCAGCCUCUUGCGGCAUUCUAUUAUAUCUAGCUCGCUUCAUUGACAAUGUCUAUUCCUUGGAGCAAAACUUGAUUGAUCGAACCAUUUCUGCAGAAUAUGUUGGAAUAAAAAUUGUAUUUUUUGAUGGUGAAGAGGCUCUGAAAGAGUGGGGGCCCAAUGACUCUAUUUACGGAGCCAAGCAUCUGGCAUCAAAGUGGGAUCAGAAGAAUAUCUUGGACACCAUAGAUCUUUUUGUUCUUAUGGACCUAAUCGGCAGUGACGAACAUGUAACAAUACCGAGCUUUUUUAGAGGAUCCCACUUCUAUUACGAAAUGCUGAGCGAAUUGGAAGACUCUUACUUGGAGACACGUUCUAAAGGCACAAAAUCAUUGGUGCCAACAGAUCAUAGGUUUCUAGAAUUAGGGAGAGGAGUUAUAGAUGAUGACCAUAUACCUUUUUACAAUGCUGGAAUUGAUGUUUUGCAUUUAAUACCCUUGCCAUUCCCCCAGACGUGGCAUACGAUCCAUGAUACUUUUGAUCAUUUGGGUCAAGAAGAGAUCUACAAAUGGGCAGAAUUAAUCAGCAACUUCGUGAUAAAUGUUGUGGAUUUGUAUAGAUUGUGA